AUGUCAGGCAUUAUCAACAGCAUAUCGCAAGCUCUAUGGCAAGGGUUUGCCCGUCUUGCCCGAUCUGAGCCAAAUUUGCAACCUCUUCCUGCACCUAUCGGAUCGGAGCGGACACCAUUACCUCUUCGUGCAGAUGCCGGUCUAGAAGUACCAACAUCACAAGUUCCUGCGUCUGCUCGGUCUGAACCUGCUCGAUCUGAGCCCGAAUCUGCCCACUCUGGAGUGGGCUCAUCAAUUCUGGCAACACCUCCACCCCCUUACCAACAGGUAACACCUUCUGAAAUGUGGUGUGUAUGGAUCGAGUUUACUUCAGAUCGAGCGAAGAUACCACUGCCACAUGGGAAGAUUGACGCGAGCUUUGGUUGGUUCGCGGAGCUUGUUUUAUGGGCACCAGAUAUAGUCGGCCUCAUGCGAGACGGGCUCUAUGUAACUGAAGAAGAUGUGGUCGUGGAGGAGAAUCACACAACUGAAGAGUAUUGUCCUCGCUACGAGAGAAGAAUGGUCUUUCGUCAUUAUCGUCUCAAGGGCCCAAAGUGGUCUGGGUAUCUGAUCGUGAAAUCAGUUGACAUACAUGAAACAAUCAAUUUUCGAAUCCAACACCUGUCUCAUGAUAAAGCCAUUGUUGGCUAUGUCCAUGAUAAGAAGAGGAACCCAGUCUACGUAUGGCUGCAUCUACACAACUCCAAUACCAACAACAUCUUUGACGACAAGCCUCUGGAGGGGCUUUGGCCAUGGCCAAGGAAAGAACUGGCGGGCAAGCAAGACGACGACGCGGGAAAGCGUAAAGAGUAA